AAGGAAAUAACUAUAAUUAUAAACCGGUUGGGAUCGUGCAGUGGUACAAAAAUGGUGAUGCACCUGGACCAGCAAGAGCGUAUCACUUCGUCGUCGUCGUCGCCUGCCGUGCCGACUAACACUGUUCUCAAGGUCCAAGCAAAGGAAUCUAGUUCGGGAAGCAGUUUAAGCAGCAGAAAGCAGCACGUGUUGUUGGCACUGACCCAGCGUUGGACAAUUGGUGGGCCCACGCUUCUCUGUGUCGCUGAGAAAUUCGGCAAGUACUUGAAGCGUAUGCUCGCUAAUCUGUCAAACAGAAUCAAAGACAUAGUGCGGCCCGAUACCAACUUUACUUAUAAGGAGGUGCCACUGUCGGCGGAGAGUGAGCGCGCCCUUGACGAAGCCGGUCGCAAGACGCUCAUACUAGAUCUGGACGAAACUCUGGUCCAUUCAUGUUACAAUGAUCCGGAAACGAACGAGCAUAUCGGCUGUAGUAUGGUGCCGCCCAAUACUGAACCAAACUUCACCAUCAGUGUCGAUGUGGAGGAGAUGCCGGUGAUUUUUCAAGUAUUCAAGCGUCCGCAUGUCGAUUUAUUUUUGGACUUUGUUGCCAAGUGGUAUGACAUUGUCAUUUAUACAGCCAGCUUAGAGGUUUAUGCCUCGCAAGUAGUAGACCAGUUGGAUGCGGGUCGUGGCAUACUGAGGCGUCGCUUCUUUCGUCAACACUGCCGCUCGUCGACCAACGUGCUAAGCAAGGAUCUAUGUUUGGUUAAUCGCGAUUUGCGACGCACAUUCAUCAUCGAUAAUUCUCCCAAUGCGUAUCGAGACUAUCCCGAGAACGCCAUACCCAUCAAGACCUGGCUGUACGAUCCAAACGACAAAGAGCUGCUUAAAUUGUUGCCCUUUCUAGACGCGCUGCGCUUCACCAAGGAUGUGCGCACAAUUCUCAGCCGACGAGCACAUUAGAACCCUUCUUUUGUUCCGUUCUACAUCUCAGUGGUUUAUUUCAUAUGCUUAUUUGUGGCAGUCACUGCUAUUAAAUGCUCAACUAUACGAUUGAAA